AUGACUGUCAAUACAAGUGCUGAUUUUGCAUCAGCAGAACUUGAAAUUGUUCAAGAACAACAGCUGAAAGAAAAGAUUGUAAACGAAGAAUUUAAAAUUUGGAAAAAAACAGUACCGUUGUUGUACGAUACUAUCCAUACACAUGCCUUAGAUUUUCCUUCGUUAUCCUUACAAUGGUUACCUGACUAUACAGUUUCCGAAAAUAAAAAUUAUGUGACUGUUAAGUUUCUAUUUGGUACCAAUACAUCUCAACAUUCUCAAGAUUACUUGAAAUUGGGAUCUUUAAGCUUACCAAGUACUCUUGCACCAGACUUUUCUGAGUUUUCACCUAAUUCGCAAAGUAUUCCUAUUCCGAUGUCAAAUAUUGAUUCCUCGGAUAAUUUCAGGAUUUUAUCCAGUUGGAAACAUAAUGGGGAAAUUAAUAAGUUACGAAUUUCUCCAAAUAAUGAGAAGGUGAUAACAUUCGAUAACGAAGGAGUUGUUCAUUUAUAUGACUUGAAAUCAAACAAUAAGGAAGCCAUUGAUUUCAAGUACCAUAAACUAGAGGGUUAUGCUUUGGAAUGGAUUGACGAAAACCAAUUCUUGUCUGGGGCUAAUGACUCCCAAAUUGCUUUGUGGGAUGUAUCAAAGCCAUCUACACCAAUCCAACGAUUCAAAUCUCAUAAUGCUGUCAUCAAUGACUUAUCGCAUAAUAUUCUGGAAAAAUCCUUGUUUGGUUCUGUGGCGGAUGAUUAUACUUAUCAGAUUCAUGACUUACGGGCAUCAUUUCAAGAUAACCCUGCUAUUAGAAUAGAAACCAGUCAUAUUCAAAAUUCGUUUGCUUUUAAUCCUGAAAUUCCAACGUUAUUUGCAACGGGUGGUAAAGAAAAUGUUGUUUCCUUGUAUGAUUUGAGAAAUCCAUCUGAACCAUUCCGUAAAUUGUUUGGGCAUAACGAUAGUGUAAUCGGUAUUGAGUGGAAUAAAAAUAACGAUCCAAAUAAAUUAAUUUCAUGGGGCUUGGAUAAAAGAGCAAUUUCUUGGGAUUUAUCUUAUUUGUCUGAUGAGUUUAUUUAUCCAACUAAUGAACCUACAGAAGCUUCUAAAAAAAGAUACACGAAGAACGUGGAUCCGUGUUUAGCUUUUAUCCAUGGAGGUCACACAAAUAGGAUCAAUGAGGUUGAUAUUCACCCUAAGAUUAAUGGAUUGACAGCAACCUGCGGAGAUGAUAACUUGAUAGAGAUUUGGAAGAGUAAAACCAUCCAAUUAGAAAAUGAUGAGGAUGAGGAUGAGGAAGAAGAAGAAGACGCUGAAAAAGCACCUAGCCCAGUUGAAAAUGAUAAUGAAAAAUCAAAAACAGGUGCUCCUAAUAAUCUAGAAAAUGAGGACACUGAAAUGAAAGAUUAA